AUGGCCGAUUAUGAGUGCAGGACGAAGAAUGGGGCGCAUGUCAGGUUCUCCACCCUGAAGGAGAUUUAUGAGCACCACUUGGUUGCGGCAGCUAGGACCGAGGAUGAGGGGGAUGCGGUUUUUGUUGAGUACUACAGAGCCUGUGCAUUGCGGUAUUGGUUCAUGUUCUUGGUUGGCACGUCCCUCUUUGUGGACAAAAGUGGAACCUACGUGGACAUGACAUACCUCCGGUACAUUAUUGAUUUGUCUACGAGCUGGAUCAUCUCUUACUUUCACUGCAUUCAUGGCUAUGAUCAUGAUCCCUUGUACAAUGACGACAUGCCUAGGGCUGCACGAUACGUCCUCCAAAGGAGGAAUCAGAAAGUGGCGCCAUAUCGAGUAUACCUCGACCGCACUGCUCACGAUGACAUCAACCAGAUGCCCUUCAAGCGGUGCAUGCAACAGUUUGGACGUGUGCAGAUGAUACCGAGAUCACCAUUUAAGGUUGCUCCCGAAACCGUUACCCGUCGAGAGCUCACUGCUAUCUUUAAGGAUUGGGUGCAUCAUUUAGUCCCAGAGGAGUAUCGAUGUAUGCGAGCCACCCAUAGCUGGCACUGUGUAGAUGGGUACGUGACAUGGUUUUUCAAGGUGUCACAUCCUAUCAUGACACCCGAUGCUCCUGGGCGUCCACCUGGGCCAGCACAUGAGGAGCUCUUGGAGAACCAGCAGGUCGAGGAUGACCAUGUCACUGAUCUCUUGUCGAUAUGCCAACGGAUACGGUUGAUUGGGUAG